UUUCCAUCAGAAUAUUCUGGUUUUUGACCUGUGUGGAACUUAAGAGGAUGUAAGGGAUGGGAAGUGUGAUUUACCUCUGACAGGUGUUUUGCCUCGGGCGGAUUCCAUAGGCAAUCCAGAUGGAAUUCUAAAUCACAAUCAUGGCAUUUGUAACAAAACUCGUAACAACCAUACAUACGACAUUUAGUGCCACGCUCGAACUUGAUCAUCUCCUUUUCCUUGAGAAGGGUGAGCUUGUGGUGAUGCGUCUUGUAAAUAUCAAUAACCUCUGGUGGUGGCUUAAGAGUGUGAACAGCGUGAGAUGGAUGUUCAAUAUAUUCAGGAGACUCGUCAACACAUUUCCUGUGAACAAAGAAUUCACAUAUUUCGCAGUAAUAGCCACCAGUGGCAUCAUAACAUGCUUGUGGAUCAACGGUAGUGACACUCCCUCAGAUUCCAUGUUCGUAUACUUCAAGAGAAGAAAGAAGUAGAAGGAAUUGUUGAAUCUGAGAUCUCAAGGUUAUGCUCCUUUCAAGUCUCGUUCUCUCUCUCUAUUUAAAAGUCUUAUCCUCUGCUCUGCUGAGGUGACUGAUAUUAUAAUUUGGUUUGACCCGGAGUGA